CUCUAGUCCACAACUCCACAUAGAAGACAGACUAGAGAGAGAGAGAGAGGAGAGAGAGAAAAGGGGUGUUGUAGCAGGAACUCUCUUUCUCUCUUCUUUUAGUUUUUAAGAUUUUUUUUUGGAUUUUUUGUAUUAUUUUUUCCAUCAAAUCCAUUGUUGGAUUUGGUCUAUUUGGGCUGUGGUAGUAUUGGGAAGAAGAAGAAGAAGAGGGAGUUGUAGGAAAUGGAUUGCGAUGAGAACAAUGGUGAUCACAAUGAGAUGUGGGAAUGGCGCGGUACAGAGUUCGAUUUGCAGAGAGAUCCAUUGAAUGAUACAUCUCACUGCUUUUGGGGUGAAGUUAAUGAAGAUGCAAAUGAUCUUUUUUACAUGUUCAAUGAUCAAACUCCCAUAAAGGAUUGUACAGAUUUUGAUUACCAAGUUUCAGAUGCAGGGGGAGGUAUUAGCAACAAAGAGUUGGAGUGCGGAGAGGCUUCGCAAUUUAAACGAAGGCGCAUGCUGCAAUUUACUGCUGAAAACAAUGAGACGAUGGAUUGCUCAAUGAUGGGAGAGGGGCUUAUGCAGACUGUAGAAUGGAAUUCAGGUUGGAACACAGAGGUUGCAGGUGAUAAGUACGCUUUAAGUUGUGAAGGGCUGGAUCAAUCAUCAGAAGGAUGGUUUGCGAAAUGCUUAAAUGAAAGUGAAGCAAACUGCUGCUCUGAAGAAAUGAACAAUUCUAUGGCCCCAAUUGACCAAGUUGAUGUUUCUGAAUUCCACAAAGUUUCACCUGAAAUUGAAGCUGAUGGGGCACAGGAGAACUCUAUUCCGGUUCGUCCAAGAGUUUUCAAGGGCAGGAAAUCUUUCAUUGAAGCGCCAACAAAGUUAACCACAUCAAUUGCCUAUCCUUUUGCGCUGAUAAAACCAUGCGGAGUUCAUGGUGAUGUCACUUUGAACGACAUAAAUCAGUGGAUUCACAAUCCACCAUCGUCCAAAUUCAAGAACAAAAAGGACGAAGAAUCGAAUUCGUAUCCCACCUCGGCUUUUUCCGGGAAGCCUGUGGUGGUCAAAACUAAGAUCCGCACUGAUGGCGGAAAAGGCAGCAUUACAAUUAUGAGGACAAGAGGUUGACUAAUAUAAUAUUAUUUUCCUCUUUUUUUUUUGCAAAUAGCGGAUGAUCUGACCCUUCAAGAUGAAUUUAAUAUUUUUGUUGGUUUUGAAUCCUUGUAUUUGUUGAACCUUUAUUGGGCUUAUUUUGUCAUGUCUACAAGAGCAAGUUUAGCACUAUGCAAUUGUUGAAUCUUUCCGUGAUGUUGAGAGAACUUUAACAUCUGAACUCUUUUGCGCCCCGAGGUUCUGUGCUUCUAGGAUUUGCAGCACAUUUUCUUUGGCAUGGAAUAGUAUGUAAUCUUAUUGUUUAUGUGAUAUAUGAUACAUUUUCA